CUUCCUUCACUACACGCUCAGCUGCUGUGUGUGUGUGAGAGAGAGAAAAAGAAUGGGUCGAGGUGGCAGCUAAAGAACUGAAACACAUACUCUGACGCGUUAAAUCCUGCUCUGUUAAAACCGAGAUCACUUCACGAACCUUUUAAACAACCCGGAAUCACCAGACCGGAAGUGAGGAUCUCUGUGGAAACUGGUAGGAAACCGACAUGCGCUUGGUCACGGAACUUCCUUCUCCACACAGCUUCGAAGCUCUGAUAUUCUGCGUAUAAUCACUAAAGUGUCCUGAUUCUUUACACCUCUUAUAAUGAAGUCAGAGUCCAGACGGCGCUCUUUAGGAAAAUCUCCACAGACUCCUGCUGCUACUGGCUCAAAGGUAAAGUUUAGUCAUGUGUCUGAUUUCUAUUUUCAUUUUUAAACUCCGGAGAAUUAAUUUAUAGUUAAGUAACCAUUACAACACUAUAUACAACAAGCAGAAAACGUCCCAGCAAACAAAGUGCAUUGUGAUGACGUCACCAUUUAGUCUCUUUUCAUCAGCAUGAUAUUACUUUGACAACGUUGUUACCACGUCUUGGUCAAGUUGCCAUUUGGAUAUAAUAUGGGAAAUUUACUAUAUAUAUCAAAACAUUUUACUUAAGUAAAUGAAGCGACUUCUGAAUUUUAUUAUCUUUUGAUAUUGUUUGUCAUACUUCAAUGGCAAAUAUCUGCCAGCAAAAGGGCAAUUUACAACAACUACCAAACAUUUUGCUUAGAAAAUGGUGAUUUUUCAUAAUAUUAUAUCAUUGUGAAUGGAAGAUUUUUUUUAAGGAAGGCAUGAAACUUCUCUGUGAAGUUUAAACUGUUAGCAGCGCACAGAAUCGGAUUUUUGGAGUACUGCGGAUGCACCUAAUUUUGCCAGUAACCACCAAUUUUCAAGGGCAGACAGACUCUGAGGAAAAGGUAAGCACUAUCAAUCUAUCUUUAUUCAUAAAUUUUGCCCAUGUAAAGUUUGCCACUCUAGGUGUGGAAUAUGUUGUAUUUUUGUCUUUAAAACUCAAUUUCGGAAUUAAAUGCCCUGUUUUGUUCAUUUGCACACGAACGAGAGACUUGUGAAAAAUAAAAAAUGAGGUCAAAAAUGAGAUUUGUACUUCCCUUUUAGCUUUAAUUUGGCCACUUAACGUGAUGAACUAAACUAUUAUCAGGUCUUCUAAGCUUCAACACUAGUUGAGUGUUAAUUUUACAUUAUGACUGUGACCGGAACUAUCUGUUUUAUAAAAAAAAAAGAAAAAAAAAAGCUUGUGCUCAUAAAAUUUUUAUUUUGCUCUUAGGUUUUUGUAAUUCGUAGCACAAGAGCUCCUUUAAAAAUUUAAGUGUAGUAUCUACCCUAAUGUGUAGUUAAUUUCUGUAAAAUAUACUUUUCAUUUUCAGCAGCAGGACCAGAGACAUGACCAAGAUGAUGAGACGUGUAUUUUUUGAAGAAUAUGGCUUUUUCUUUGGUUACAUUAAUUUAUUAAUGUAUAUGCAUAAUUAUAAUCUAUUAAUUAAAAUAUUUAUUAAGUAUUUUUUUUUGUUCUGCAUAUGAAUUUGUUGGUAAGACUACAAAAUAAUUGUUUAGCUUAAUGGUUAUGUAUUCGCUUAGUAAGUUUGGAAAAAUUAUAAAUGUAAUUGAUGUUAAUUGAGGCACAGGUUUUUCUUAUGACUACGUUUUGAGAUGAUGGGUCAAAUAGAAAUUCCACAGCAAAUACCAUUUAUAAUUGCAUUGUUUUAAUUGCUUCCACCAAAACAAUUUCCAUUAAAAACAUUUGAAUAUGAAGGCAGGGAAUGAAAGUCAGUCCUAUAUGGGUUUCAAAGUAAACAAAUUAGCUUGCUGUCCUUAAAGGAAUAGCUCGAGAAUCACAUAUCCACCCCGACCAAAGAAGUGAGAUGUUAGAAAUAAAUGUGAAGUUGAGGCUGAAGAAUAGUCAUGGAAGACAGAUGUACCACUGCUCAGAUUGUGGGGAGAGUUUUACUAAAAGUCAUCUCAAAAAUCACAAGCGGAUCCACACAGGAGAGAAGCCGUAUCACUGUGGACACUGCGGGAAGAGUUUUACUUGUCAGAGUCAUCUCCAACGACAUGAUCGUAUUCACACAGGAGAGAAGCCAUAUGACUGUGGACAGUGUGGGAAGAGUUUUACUUGUCAGAGUCAUCUCCAACGACAUGAGCGCAUUCACACAGGAAAGAAGCCGUAUCACUGUUCCCAGUGUGGGAAGAGUUUUACUCAUCACAGUACUCUCCAACGACACCAGCGCAUUCACACAGGAGAGAAGCCAUAUCACUGUGGACAGUGUGGGCAGAGUUUUACUCAUCACAGUGCUCUCCAACGACACAAGCGCAUUCACACAGGAGAGAAGCCGUAUCACUGUGGACAGUGUGGGAAGAGUUUUACUCGGCAGAGUCAUCUCCAACAGCAUGAGCGCAUUCACACAGGGGAGAAGCCGUAUCACUGCUCACAGUGUGGGAGGAGUUUUACUUGCCAGAGUUAUCUCCAAAUACAUGAGCGGAUCCACACAGGACAGAAGCCAUAUUACUGUGGACAGUGUGGGAAAAGUUUUACUCGUCAGAGUUAUCUCCAACGACACCAGCGAAUUCACACAGGAGAGAAGCCGUAUCACUGCGGACAGUGUGAGAAGAGUUUUACCCAACUAUGUGUUCUCCAACAACAUGAGCGAAUUCACACAGGAGAGAAGCCGUAUCACUGCUCACAGUGUGGGAAAAGUUUUAUUCGUCAGACUCAUCUUCAACAACACCAGCGUGUUCACACAGGAGAGAAGCCGUAUCUAUGUGGACAGUGUGGGAAGAGUUUUACUCGUCAGAGUACUCUCCAACAGCAUGAGCGCAUCCACACAGGAGAGAAGCCGUAUCACUGUGGACAGUGUGGGAAGAGUUUUACUUGUCAGAGUAAUCUCCAACGACAUGAGCGCAUUCACACAGGAGAGAAGCCGUAUCACUGCUCACAGUGUGGGAAGAGUUUUUGUGACCAGGGUGCCCUCCACAGCCACCAGCAGAGUCAUAGUGGACAGAAGCCGUCCCUCUGCAGACACUGUGGGAGGAGCUAUACUUGUUCAAGUUCAUUAAGGACACACAAGUGCUCUAACAUAAAGCCAUCAGAUCUUAACCUGUGAAUUUGUCAAAUUAAGAUACAUGUUUUAAUAUAAAAUUUUUAAAAGUGAGGUAAAGAGACAUAAAGGCAUUCAACUAUAAUAUUAUAUAUACUGGACACCUUUCUAAGCCAACCGAUGAUGGUUGUGUUUACAGGCAAUUUGAAGAGAGAAUUCUUGUCCAAAUUGUCCAAUAAAAUUCACCUGUGGGAUAUUUUAUGAGUUUAUUCCUCAAAUUACAUUACUACCAGUUUAUCCAUCAAUAGAUUUUGAAUGAUGCUAUUAUAUGCUGGGCAAAAUCCACCAAAAGGAUUAUAGUAUAACAGGCUAAAUAUUUCAGAUAUCACAGCAUAAAUCCGAUGCACUGCCUCACAGCAUUGCCGUAUUCUUAAAUUUAAUCCAGACCAAAGGAUUCUAAUAGUGUUUAAAUAUUGAGACAGAGAUAAGCAACUGCAAAACACUGAUGCUGUGUUGCCAUGUUAGACAUUCAGCAAAGAUGAUCAGGAGUCUGAAUUGAUCUUCACAUAAUCUCUUUAUUGUUCACUUUGAUUGUCUUUAGAUCACCAACAGAAAUAUCAAAAUGUCUACAUCAGUCUAUUCUACAGAGUGAAAAGACCUUGCUUAUGUAGAAAGGACAGAAAAGAGAAGGGAGGGGAAAUAGAAAAGAAGGAAGUCUGGGGAAGGGAAUGUUAUCAUCUAUGACCUUGGUGUGUUCAGUCGCAAAGAUCCAGUGUACCAAAAAAAACAUACUCACAGUCAUAUACAGAGACAGCUAUUGAUAUAAACCUGUUGUAACAAAUGUUAAAUAUUGUUACGUUCUGGAGUCCUGAAUCUAACUGUACUAUCAUCAAGCUAACAGAUGGUGUGUGAUGUACAUAAGGCACAUUUAACAUAAAGUUAACAUUGUUGAGUGUUUGUGAUCUUUACUCACCAAGAAAUCUAACUGCUACUAACUAUUAAUGUGUGUGUGCAUGUGUGCAGGGGCGUAGCCAUCAUUUCAGAUGUGGGGGAUGUCAAGGGUAUUCUUUUUUCUGACCUUAUGUCUAAUUGAUGGGCUUUAUCUCUUUUUGUCCUUAUUGACUUAAUAUGCAAUUUAUGAUUCUGUACUUGCAUGUUAUAUUGUAUAUUGCACUGUAUUAUUAAAAUAUUGCAAAUUG